AUGUAUCAGCAAAAAGGUGAGAAAUGGGUAUGCGUGAAGCGGCGGCAGGGUUGUAGGGGUGCGGCUGUGGUUCAGGAAACAGUGAGGGAAGUCAACCAACACAAUCAUCCUCCAGUACCGUGCGAUAUUGAGGUGUUGAGAUGUCGAAAUGAAUUGAAACGGAGAGCAUUGACAUCGAAUGAUCCACCUGCACGCAUUUUGGCUGAUGUGUUGAAUCAUAUCAGUCAUGAGGCGAAAGUAAAAAUGGGCAAUCUUUCAAAUUUGAAACGUUUUAUUCAAAGAAGUCGUAUGGAGUUCAUAGAUGGGAAAAUGAUAUACAAUGGAUAUAUUUACAAUCGUCAGGGGAAAAUGUGUGAGCGUAAUAGAUGGAUAUGCGUGAAGCGGUGGCAGGGAUGUAGGGGUACAGCUAUGGUUUAUGAAACAGCGAGGGAAAUCAUCCAACACAAUCAUCCUCCAGAAGCGUGCGAUAUUGAGGUGUUGAGAUGUCGAAGUGAAUUGAAACGGAGAGCAUCGACAUCGAGUGAACCACCUGCACCCAUUUUGGCUGAUGUGUUGAAUCAUAUCAGCGAUGAAGCGAAAGUAAAAAUGGGCAAUGAAUCAAGUUUGAAACGCUUUAUUCAAAGGAGUCGUAGGCCCUACCUGCUAGCACCAGUCAAAAGAACUAUUGUAAAUAAAGAAAGGCGAAUCGGUGCUAAUUAUAUAAGGCGGAGUAUCGCCGUUCAAGUGGAUUUGACUGAAGAAGUGGGAAAAGUCGAUCAGAUGACGCAAACGCGACCACGUUAUGAUCCUGUGGCCACUAAAGUUGUAUACAAAUUCGUUACGGAUGAAGAAGCCGAAAUGGAUGAAAUCGAUGAAUGCUUUCCCUUAUUAAAACAGUGA